GGAAAACGAGUUAGAAAAAUCUCCGGCCACUUGCGAACACCCUCCGCUUUGUCCCCCCGAUCUGCUGCACUUUCCCCCGGCAGUUCAGUUCGAUCCAAAGUCCAUUCGCGUCCACGCGCGCAAGGGAUGGCGCUGCUCGGGAUCGACUUCACCUGCGCCCUCGAAUCCCUGCGCGACGGCAGAGCCCCGGACAGGGACGACUGCGUCUUGCCUCUGCUGUCGAAGCUCGUCGGGUACUGCCUCAUCGCUGCUUCGACCACCGUCAAGCUCCCGCAGAUAUUGAAGAUUGUGAAGCACGGGAGUGCAAGGGGGCUCAGUAUGUUAUCCUUCGAGCUUGACGUGGUCGGCUACACAAUCGCUUUGGCGUAUUGCCUCCACAAAGGGCUUCACUUUUCUGCUUAUGGCGAGCUGGUGUUUCUUCUGAUCCAAUCUAUAAUUCUGGUUGCUGUAAUAUAUUAUUACUCACAACCUCUGGGGACCAAGACAUGGACCAAGACGCUCCUGUACUUUGCUUUGGCACCGACAAUUUUAUCUGGUAAAGUUGAUCCUGUUCUUUUUGAAGCUUUAUAUGCAUGCCAGCAUGCAAUAUUCUUCUGUGCCAGAGUUCCACAAAUAUGGAAAAAUUUCACUACCAAGAGUACCGGGCAACUUAGCUUCUUGACAAUUUUCAUGAAUUUUGGAGGUUCCCUUGCAAGAGUGUUCACCAGCAUACAAGAAAAAGCCCCAACGAGCGUUGUUUUGGGCUCGCUGCGAACUGUGGUGACGAAUGGCACCAUCCUGAGUCAGAUAAUGAUAUACCGCAAGUCGCACGAAGAAAAAGGAGAGAAGAAAGUGAAGUAGCAAGCGGGCUUCUGCUCUUUGCAGCUCGAGCAGGUACUUCUCGUGUAUGUUCCGGUUCGAUCAAAUAGCCCGUUGAGGUGAAUCGUCAUCCUGGUGAAGUGUAUCUCAGAUAUCUAGCUUCUUUUCUUGGAUCGAAGGACGAAUAGGUGGUCGGGGGUCUUGAUGAGUAUGGACAGGUAUUCAUACGCGAACCGAAAGUUGUCUACCAUUCCAUUCUUAGUA